AGCGCUCAUUGGCUCCGACCGUGUGCGCUCUGUUGUCCCCCAGCGAGAGCAGCACAGCCCCUAUUCACAUGUUAAUAAGCCCCUAUAAAUACUAACAACAGCCACUCAGCGCCAGCAGCACGUCUGACUAGGAUUACACAAUAAACAGAGGGCGCCUCGCCUCGCCUACGAGUUUGUCGAUUUUUUUUUUCUGCCUCUAACCGGUUCCGUUUGCCAGCUGCCCCUCGAGGACCACUCAGGAGGUACGAGCAGCGGUGGGAGAAGCCACAGUAACGGCGAUCCAACCAACAUGGCCCCCUCGGCUCGGCCAAACGGCCUCGGACUUGAUGUGAAAGAUGAAGAUGAGUCCUACUGCGGGAAACAGAAAGCGGAUAGAAAGACGAGGAAACCUCUGGUGGAGAAGAAGAGGCGAGCUCGCAUCAACGAGAGUUUGCAGGAGCUGCGGACUUUGCUGGCAGACACAGACUUUCAUUCCAAGAUGGAGAACGCAGAGGUGCUGGAGCUGACCGUGAAAAAGGUGGAGGAUAUACUGAAGAACCGGAAGCAAGAGGCAGAGACACUAAACCGAGAAGCCAACGAGCGGUUUGCAGCUGGUUACAUCCAGUGCAUGCACGAGGUCCACAUGUUUGUGUCCAGCUGUCCUGGGAUAGAUGCGACGGUGGCGGCUGAGCUCCUCAACCAUCUCCUGGAGUGCAUGCCCCUCAAUGAGGACCACCUCCAGGACAUGCUGACGGAUCUAAUCACGGACACUUCUGAGGGCAACAGCAGCAGCAGCACUUGGCACGGAGGCAGCGAGGCGCUCUGCGCUUCUCUCGCUUCUCCUGGUGAACGAAGUUUCUCCUGUGGGUCAUCUUCUGCCCUCUCCCCGGCCCCUUCCUCCAUGUCCAGUGAAGACUUGUGCUCUGACCUGGAUGAGACUGACAGUGAUCACAACCAGAGCUCUACAGAGGGCAUGGAGAACAGGGAGCCUCCCAGCAUGCCCACCAUGACCUACCCCCGGUCUAUGUGGAGACCUUGGUAGAGUAGUGGUGGUAGUUUGGAUGGAACACAGUUGGGAUGUGUUGAAAAGGGGAUUAUGGGCUUUCAUUUUUAUGGUGUGACACAGCACGUCCCACUGAAAGAGAAAAUUCUACCCUACAAUACAAGAGGAUUUUGUGGCUGUACCAGUUUUGGCCUCCUGUAAGACCAGCUAAGAAGGCUGACUACAUGCAUGGAUUUUUUUCUUAGGCCUCCUGAACUCAUGGCACUGAUGUCCAAUAAUUAAAGUGUGUUCUAUAAGAGACCAACUGAGGCAUCAACAAAAGCCUCAGCUGUUCACUCUGCAGUGAUUCUGAAUACCGGCGUACAGAUGGAUUUUCUUCACAGUCACAGAUGAAUACAAGUUUACAGAGAUUUCCCCCAAUUCUUGGAAAUGUUUGGAAUCAGAAAAUGUAAGAGAACAUUUCAUCAGAAGUCAUUCCUGGAGUACUUUGGACAUUUAUAUAUAUUUAAAAUUAAAAGUGGAUUCUCCUUUAUGCCAUCAGAGGGAUCUGCUACUCUCGGGUCCCUUUCAGCUGGAGGCUCAGAAAAAUAGCCCUCCUUUUCUUUUCAGUAGUAACACCCUGGCUUUGAGUCCUCUUGUGACUUCUCUUUACACCUGGAGAAACAAAAAGCAAUCCCUCUCAACACACUCACCGCCCGACAAAGCACAGAAAAGGCAACAGUGCAGGACUCUCCCUCUUGUUUGGUCUAUACUUCAGUGUAAAUAGGAUUUGUACAAGGAGAAAAGCUCUUUUUAGAAACUGAGAAGUCUGGCGAUGCCCCAAUUAAUAUAAAUAUUUCUAUUGUAUUUCAGAGGUUCCUGUAGUUUAUCGGACCAGUAGUUCCUUUAAGAAUGACCAUUUUAUGUUGUAAAGGUGUUUAGAAAUGUCUUGCGAAUAAAAUGUCUGAAUUUUUCUAAAUAAAAUAACGUAACUAAAAA